GCCCCGCCGCGCGCCCUAAUUGGCUAGCGGCGGCAGCGCCCGGCUGGCGGGAAGUUCACGAGCGCGCCAUGGAGAACGUCUUGGACGUGCGGGAGCAGCUGCUGAGCUGGGAGCGCUCGUUCCUGCAGCUACACGGACGGCGGCCGGGCCAGGAGGACGUGGACGCGGCGCCCGAGGAGACCCGAGCGCUCUACAGAGAAUACCGCGCCCUGAAGAAGACCUCGCGCCGUGCCGGCGGCGUCGGACCCCACGAUCCCCAGCAGCCGCUUCCGGCCCCUGCAGAGCAGGGGUCUGCGCCCAGCUCUUGGGGUUCCCACCUGAAUAGGGCUGCAACCCAGAGGCCCCGUCGGGCUCCAGGAUCCAGAUCUCAUGGGUUACCACCGGACUAUGGGAAAAGGCUCAAGGCUAACUUCCAGGCGGCCCUUCAGGCAAGGCCAGCCGUGGGCCACCAGUCCCUGUCUCUACCAGGAACUUCAUCCAAGUUGUCCUCCCCAGAACCACCACACACAGAGCCUGCUGGUUUCCUCAGGGGCCCCCCGCAGCCUUCCAGAUCCCAGCCGAAGCCAGGCCGACCAGAGCAGCUGCGGGCAUCCCUGAGCCUGAGGCUUGGCUCCCUGGAUCCCGAUUGGCUGCAGCGGUGUGACAGGGAAUCCCAGCUUGGCCCGGACACCAAAACAUCCCAGCCUUCAAUCUCCGCUCCCCACACUGGCCCUGAAAUGCCGGCACUGACUGGGGAGGCUCCAGUCUUGCAGACGGUGACCUCUCAACCCUGCAAAACUGAAGACAAGAAGAGGAGAUGGAGCAGGGAGCCUACGGGGGCUCAGGAAGACCAGGGCGCAGGAGGGUUCCCCACUCACUCUACUGGACCUGAACUGAUGGAUGAAGCCAGCCCUGGGGUGCCCACGCAGGCCCCAACCCUUCCUGCACACACAGCUCCCAGGCCCGCCAGGCACAAUCGGGGCAAUUACGUACGGCUAAACUUGAAGCAUAAGCGCUAUGUGCGGGGCCCAGCCCUGCGUGGCAGACUCCUCCGCCGGCAGGUAUGGAAGCAGAAAUGGCAAAAGAAAGAAGGUCUUGGCAGGGGUCGGCGCAGGCCCAUGAGCCAGGACUCUUGCUUUAAGUGUGGACAGUUUGGCCACUUGGGAUCUCGGUGUCCCCAGCAAGGUGGGUUUUGCCUUCACCCGGGUCGGGGUGUGGGCCAGGCUGCUGUACAGCUCCCCUCUGACCUCCCAGUUCCCUCUCUCUCAGACGCAGAAACCAGCGGCCCACAGUGUCCAGGGUCCCCACAGAGACCCCUGCCUGAAACACCCUGCUCAUCUCCCAUGCUACCAUUCUACCAGCCAGCACCCUCAGGGCAGGUGCCAGAGACGCCGGCCGAGGUCUUCCAGGCUCUGCACCAUCUGGGACACCAGGCUUUCCGCCCGGGGCAGGAACAGGCCAUCAUGCGGAUUCUGUGUGGCAUGUCCACGCUGCUGGUGCUGCCCACUGGGGCCGGCAAGUCCCUGUGCUACCAACUUCCUGCACUGCUGUACUUUCAACGCAGCCCCUGCCUCACGCUGGUUGUCUCGCCCCUCCUGUCACUCAUGGACGACCAGGUGUCUGGCCUGCCCCCAGGCCUGAAGGCUGCCUGCAUCCACUCCGGCAUGACCAGGAAACAGCGGGAGUCUGUACUAAAGAAGGCCCAGGCUGCCCAGCUGCAUGUGCUGAUGCUGUCACCCGAGGCACUGGUUGGGGGCCUGGCCUGCCUCCCCCAGCUGCCUGCGGUGGCAUUUGCCUGCCUGGAUGAAGUCCACUGCCUCUCACAGUGGUCCCACAAUUUCCGGCCCUCCUAUUUGCGUGUCUGCAAGGUACUGCGGGAGCAGGUGGGCGUGCACACCUUCCUGGGUCUCACAGCCACAGCCACGCGCAGCACCGCCCUCGACGUGGCCCAGCACCUGGGUGUAGCCAGCGGCCUGGCCCAGGGGCUCACUGCCAUCCCCAGCAACCUGCAGCUCUCUGUGUCCAUGGACAGAGACCCAGAUCAGGCGCUGGUGACACUGCUGCGGAGUGACCGUUUCCGUGCCCUGGACUCUGUCAUUGUCUACUGCAACAGGCGUGAGGACACAGAGCGGGUAGCUGCGCUGCUCCGCACCUGUCUGCCUGGGAUCCGAGGGCCUAGAGGCCAAGUCCUGGAUACCAUAGCAGAAGCCUACCACGCAGGCAUGAGCAGCCGCGAGCGGCGGCGGGUACAGCAGGCCUUCAUGGGGAGCCAGCUGCGGGUGGUGGUGGCGACAGUGGCCUUCGGGAUGGGCCUGGACCGGCCAGACGUGCGGGCCGUCCUGCACCUGGGGCUGCCCUCAAGCCUGGAGAGCUACGUGCAGGCUGUGGGCCGAGCUGGGCGCGACGGACAGCCAGCCCAGUGUCACCUGUUCCUGCAGCCUCAGGGCAAGGACCUGCAGGAGCUCCGCAGGCACGUGCACGCCCAGAGCACCGACUUCCUGGCGGUGAAGAGGCUGGUGCAGAGUGUCUUCCCACCCUGCCGCUGCCGCCAGCGGAGCGCGCCAGAGCCAGGGUCCCUGCAGAAGGUGGAGCAAGCCAGCGAGUCACAGGCAGCUCGGUGCCCAGGCCACAUGCGGGCCCUCCCGGUGCAGCCGAUGGUGCAGGCCCUGGACAUGCCUGAGGAGGCCAUUGAGACCCUGCUCAGCUACCUCGAGCUGCACCCCCAGCACUGGGUGGAGCUGCAGGCUCCCACCUACUCCCACUGCCACCUGCAGUGCCCCAGGGGCCCCGCCCAGCUGCAGGCCCUGGCUCGCAGGUGCCUGGUCUUAGCCGCCUGUGUGGCCCGUCAGACGCCCAAGAGCACACCUGGGGGGGGUGUAUCUCUGGACUUUGACAUGGUGGCGCUGGCAGACUCCAUGGGCUGGGAGCUGUGCCUGGUGCGGCGGGAGCUUCGGCAACUGCAGCGGGACCCCGAGCUGGGGACAGGGGCAUCCCAGGGCACUGGCGUGCUGGUGGAAUUCAGGCAGCUGGCCUUCUGCCUGCGUAGCCGGGGGGACCUGAGCCCCGAGGAGACAGACCACAUCUGCAGCUUCCUGUUUGGCCGAGUGCAGGCGCGGGAGCAGGAGGCUUUAUCACGGCUGCGUCGCACCUUCCAGACCUUCCACAGCGUGGCCUUUCCCAGCUGUGGGCCGUGCCUGGAGCAGCCCAACCAGGAGCGCAGCAGCCGACUCAAGGCCCUACUCAGCUGCUACUUUGAGGAAAAGGGGCCGGGGGUUUCGGAAGAGGAGCAGGGCCCUGGCCCAGAGCCAGGGCAAGUUCCGCUCGGAGAUUGGGAGGACCAGGUCUGCCGUGACAUCCGCCACCUCCUGUCCUCAUGGCCAGAGCAGCAGUUCUCUGGCAGGGCGGUGGCCCGCAUCUUGCAUGGCAUUGGAAGCCCUUGCUACCCAGCCGAGGUGUACGGGCGGGACCGGCGCUUCUGGAGAAAAUACCUGCACCUCAACUUCCACGUCCUGAUGCAGCUGGCCACCAAGGAAGUCCUGGCGUGGGGCCGCUGAGUGCCAGGAGUGGGGUGCGGGGAGGGGCCACGGUGUGUAAUAAAAGCUGCCAC